CAACUGUCAUUCAGUCAGUAUAUUUUUAGGUUUAUUUUACCUUUAUGCAUAGGAAAAAUAUAUUUGUGCGUCUUAUAGGUAUUUUGGCUAGGAAGUUUAGGGUGCUGCAAGAAGUAUGGAUUUUGCCGUGGUGGGGCAGUGGGGGGUUGGCGACUGUACCUCUCUGGACCUUAGAUACUUUGGUGCUGCUUCUCAAACUGUGCUCCACCUGUACUCUGGCAGCUGCGAAGGUGUUCAUCCCGCCUACUAUGAAGAGCUUACACGGAGAGACCGUCUUAGUUACAGGAGCAGGUCACGGCAUCGGAAGGGAGUUGGCAAUUCAGUUCGCAGAGUUGGGCGCCACUGUCAUAUGUUGGGACAACGAUGCACGGAGAAACAAUGCUGUUGUCGACGAAAUAAGACUAAAAGAUGGAGAGUGUUACGGUUACACAAUAGACGUGACGGCUCGUGAGCAAGUAGCAGCACUAGCACUGCGCAUGCGACGCCAGCUGACAGAUGUAUCUAUGGUGGUCAGCAACGCAGGGCUUCUGACCUGUGCACCCAUCAGCCAUCUGCGACAAGACGCCAUUUUGAAGCUCAUCGAGACCAACUUGCUUUCACAUUUUUGGGUCAUUCAAGCGUUCCUACCCAAUAUGAUAGAGAGGCGGCAUGGACAUAUAAUCGCGAUAAAUUCUAGCGCAGGCCUGAUGCCCUGUGCCGACAUGAUUCCGUACUGUGCAGCGAAGUUUGGACUAAAAGGCCUGAUGGAUUCUAUAACAGAAGAGCUCAGGCUGGACACGUGGACGAAGAACAUCAACACCACCUCAGUGUACCUGGCGACUGUUGCCACCGGCAUGUACCCACAACCAUCGCAUCGCUUUACCACGUGGUACUCCGAAAUUACGGCAAGGCAAGCUGCUAAGACUAUUAUUGAAGGAGUCCGCAAGAACUACAGAAAUAUCAGCAUACCCUCAUUCAUGAAGUUCCUAAUCGAUCUAAACAACCUUAUGCCAUUCAGAAUAAGAGUUAUUUUUUCUGAUUUCUUCAACAUUCGUCACAGAGGAUGGUUUUGUUUUUGCUGAGAGAAUCUAUAUUGGUUCUCGGCUAUCUUGUAAGCCUAAAUAUCCAGAUAUAUGUGGAUAGAUUAUUCAAGAGCUGGAGUGUUCAUAAUUCUUCUUAAAUAUGAAUUUCGUGAAGCAAAUAUGAAGCUUUUUACUAUGGUGAGAAUACGUGUGGAAAGUUACUCGACAUCAAUGUGUGGCGAUCAAGCUUUGUCGAUUAUUCCAUACAAAAUUUUGACAUGGAAGUCGAACUAUAUUGCCUAGAUUAUCUGAUGGAAUAAAACUGGAGUGACGCUCAAUUCUCACCUCAUAGUAAGAAGAUCAGAGAAUAUACUGUUUUUUUUUGUAUUUCAAGUAUUGGCGUUAAAAAAGGAGCGCGCAGUUUAAAAAUUAUCGUGAAGAUUUUUUAUGCUUGUGUUUUCUAGCUGUAAAGUAUUCUAGAUUCUAGAUAGUA